CUCUGCUCUCUUGACCCCAGUGGCAGUCCCUGUCACUGCACUGCUCUGCUCCCUCCUCCAGCUCGCCUCUCGCUCUCCUUCUCCCUCUCUCCCUCUCCCUCUCUCCCUAGCUCUCUUUCUCCUCAGAUCGAGGCUGCUCUCAUUCCCUCUCUCCCUCUCAUUUCCAAGGCAGCCAGCCGGUGGGACCUCCAGGGUCGAAGGUUCUGCCCUGCCUCCCCCAACCUCCACCUCCCAGCGCCUCUCUGCUUCUCUCCCUGGCUCCUUCUCUCCCUGUCUCUAACCAGCUCUGUCCAAGUCCCCUAUGGAUCGGCUCCUUUCAGAGCACUGAAGGCAUCUCCAAGACCCACAUCCCAGCCAGAGAAAGAAACUCACGGCCUUGAUGAGUAAGUCCCUCCUCGGGUCCCAUCUUUGGCUGCAACACACAAUGCCUGCCCCCAUCCUUUGCUCCAGAAAGUUGUGAAUUGCUCAUGACUAUAAGGAGGAAGGAUGGCACAUGGGAUCCCUUCUCAAGGUAAAGUCACCAUCACCGUGGAUGAAUACAGUUCAAACCCAACCCAGGCUUUCACUCACUACAACAUCAACCAGAGCAGAUUCCAGCCUCCACAUGUACAUAUGGUCGACCCUAUCCCAUAUGACACUCCAAAACCAGCGGGCCACACACGGUUUGUCUGCGUCUCAGACACACACUCCAGAACAGAUGGCAUCCAGAUGCCUUAUGGGGACAUCCUUCUCCACACAGGCGAUUUCACCGAGCUGGGACUGCCCUCAGAGGUUAAGAAGUUUAAUGACUGGUUAGGAAGCCUGCCAUAUGAAUAUAAAAUAGUGAUUGCUGGGAAUCAUGAACUGACAUUUGACAAGGAAUUCAUGGCUGACCUUGUUAAACAAGACUACUACCGUUUUCCUUCAGUGUCCAAAUUGAAACCAGAGGACUUUGACAAUGUUCAGUCGCUCCUGACAAACAGUAUUUACUUGCAAGAUUCGGAGGUAACAGUGAAAGGGUUCAGGAUAUACGGGGCUCCAUGGACACCGUGGUUUAAUGGAUGGGGCUUUAACCUACCCAGAGGUCAGUCUUUGCUGGACAAGUGGAACCUCAUCCCAGAGGGAAUUGAUAUACUAAUGACACAUGGCCCUCCUCUUGGUUUUCGAGACUGGGUCCCCAAGGAGCUUCAGCGAGUUGGCUGCGUUGAACUGUUAAACACGGUGCAAAGGCGAGUACGACCCAAACUCCACGUCUUUGGUGGAAUCCAUGAAGGUUACGGCAUCAUGACAGACGGUUACACAACGUACAUCAACGCCUCAACGUGUACGGUCAGCUUUCAGCCAACCAACCCUCCCAUUAUAUUUGACCUUCCAAACCCUCAAGGAUCAUGAAGCACUCUAAAUGCCCCAAUUGGAGCGAUGGAAGGAAGGUCGAUAAACUGCCAUUUUUCUAAUUCUAAACUUACAUUCUCUUAUAUGUUUCUUUCCAAAUUCUGUGAGGUUUUUGUAAAAUUGCUGGUACAAAAAUGACGCUAGAGGUUGUGCUUUUUUUUCCCCUUUCUUUUUCUAUUCUUUCUUUAAAAAAAAAAAAAAAAAAACCUUUUUUUUUUUUUUUUUUUUUUUUUUUUGGAAAUGCGGCAUUCGUUUUAAAUCGAUAAAGCAUUGUGGAUUUGUAAAAUGACUCCUGUUUUCUCAAUGACCAUGCCAUUGUAAAUCAUUAGUGUUCUCCAAAGGACAGCCAAGCUUUCUUUUAAGAAAUAAGAAAUGUUAUUUUAUAUGAUAUAAGCUGGAAGAAAAAAAAGAGGCAGUGUUGUUUUUUUUUUUUUUUUAUAAAAAUCAUCCAGAUUUGCACAACUGUUGAGUACUGUUUGAUUUUUAUUUUGUGAUGUCCUUUGUUUGUAAAUGUGGCCCCGAUGUAUUAGCAGACUUCUGGAUAGAAGUUGACUUUGAAGGGUCAUCUCUGCACGCACCUCAAGGCACAUGCUCUGCUCCCCAUGGUAACACGAGUUACAUCAAGGGGAUGGAACAAGCCUCAGAUCUGGUAUUUCUGGCCUCUUUCAAAAGGUGGUUUAGUUAGCAGCAUUGGUAUUUGUGAUGAUAUGCUUUCUUAUUAUUUUGGUUAAUUUUUUAAAUUAUUUUAGUUUUAAGAAUAUGGGGGUGAAAUCCAAAAAAAAAAAAUUUGUUUCAUGCA